AUGUACGACAUUCCCCUCGUCUCUGCCAACCUCGCAUCUGUGCCACUGGUAUCGCUUUUCUACGGGAUAUUCGUUGUCUUCUUCUGCACAUCCUCAUACCUCAUGGUACGGCGUCAAGGCCGGCUGAAUGUUGGAACAUCGCGGCUCAAGUCUAUCUGGAAGAUGCCUUUAUUCAUUGCGGGAAUAUUGCUCUUCAUCACUAUUACUGGGCACUGGAUACUCCUGGUACACCGCUCGUUUAUGGCCUUCGUGUACUUUGACGGUGGUGCAUCUCCGCUUGAGUUCUACAUGAACGUGGGUGCAGUGACGGCAAUUGCAGAGAUAGUGUUUCUCGUUUCGACGCUGACGAUCGAGAAUGCUGUGAUUGUAUACCGCCUUUGGAUCAUCUGGAAGCACAACAAGUAUGUCAUGAUUAUCCCUGUCUGUUCAUUUCUCGUCAAUGUCGCAUGUCACGUGGUCGUUGUUUACCAGUAUGCACAAUAUCACAUGGGUCAGAAUGUAUUUGGUGCCAGCAUUGGACGGUGGGUCACAAUAGAUUACGUCUGCAGUCUAUGCACCAACUUGUACUGUUGUGUGCUGAUUGUUUGGCGCCUAUGGCGUGUCAGUCAUAGGUCAGAGCCCGUUGUGGGCACGUGUAUGUUGUGGACGUUGUCUGUCUUCAUCGAAAGUGCCGCCUUCGAUGUGGCAUUGCUGAUUGUCUCUAUGGUACUCUACGAACUCGGGUUGAACGUGCAGUACAUUAUCGGCGUCAUGAUGUCGCCGCUGUCUGGCAUCACCUUUAUGCUCAUCAACGUCCGCGUUGGUAUGGGCUACGCGAUGCAUUCACAGGAGGAAGAUGUAAAUGGCCCUACUAUACGUCCAUCUGAGGCACGGCAGGGAGGACAUACCACAAUGUUCGCGAUGGAUCCGCUCGUUAUCGACAUUUCUCAGCCCGUGGAACACCACUUGAGACAAGCAGCGAUCUCGGUCGAAAGAUCAAGAUUUGCGGAGUGUAAGAAUGCGGAUGGAAAGGGAUACGACAUGGGGCGGGAUGGUAGUGCGAUGGACUCAAUGGUUUAA